AAAGGCAUUCUUCGUCGAGGAUGUGGUGGCUUAUUUCCAAGUGAGAUCUGUGGAUAUCCAGUAGAUGUUGUCGAGGCUCGUGCCGCAAUUCCCUAUGGUUGUUGUAGGUCUUAUUGCCUAAAUUAUCAGAAGAAAGUUAAGUUAGGAGCAAGUAUAGGAGUAACAAAUCCUCGGAAAACAUCUGGAACAAUCGGUGCUGUUGUUAUUGACAAGAAAUCAAAACGGCAAGGCAUCCUUUCAUGCGAGCAUGUAUGCAAGUUUGAUGAAUCAAGUACUAAAAAUGGUGUCACAAUCUAUCAGCCUUCGCAUAAAGAUUUGGAUGAACAGAAAGAAUCAUUUGUUAUAAUGGCAAGUAAUAAUGAUAAGUAUAAAGAACUUUCUGAAACAGCGUGCCGUGAAAUUGAAAAGGAUAGACAGGAUUCUGCUUUGGCUCGCUAUGAACGUGGCAUGCGAAGUAACUUCUUCUCUGAUACACAUAAAAAGAACUUCGGGGUUGAUGCUGCAUUUUGUAUUUUCACGAAUAAAAGUCGUACAUUAUGCCCGGAUCAAUUUUCAGUUUACCCGGAAUACUUCAACAGGGUUAAACUUCCCGAAAAUACUUGUCUCAAAGGCUUUUACACAUAUGAAGAUUUUGAUGACAUUGAUGAGAUCAAUGUCUUUAAAGUAGGGAGAGGAUCAGGUCUUUCUUGCGGAAAACUUAUUCCUUAUAGGUGUGCUAUUUCCUUUGAUAUUACAAACAAAAGCAUCGAUUUCGCAAAAGAACAAGAUCCAGGCGAAAUCUCACAAGCUCCAUCGAGUACCGAUUUGUCAGACAAAGUUUUCAUUGGAUACAUGAAGUCACCGAUUUUCGAAAAUCGACAAAAAUGUUACCCUACUGUGUGGUUUGAUCGGCAAUUAAUUAUCAAAUUCGAAUUUGAAGGAUUUGAAUGUGGAGACUCGGGUUCAAGUGUUGUGGACGAAAGAGGAAAAGCUCUUGGCAUCCUUCAUGCA